GAAAAAUAGCUUAGGUUGAUCCCCUUUGGGUUAUUAAGUAUUAUUGAAAGCAGUAUUAUUUUUUUGGUCAAGAAUGGAUCAUGUGAUUGGUGGUAAGUUCAAGCUUGUAAGAAAGAUUGGCAAUGGCUCUUUUGGAGAACUCUAUUUAGGGGUUAAUGUGCAGACCGGGGAGGAAGUCGUUGUCAAAAUGGAAUCUGUGAAGACCAAGCCUCCGCAGCUCCAUUACGAGUCAAAAUUGUAUAUGCUUCUUCAAGGAGGAACUGGCAUUCCCCACCUCAGAUGGUAUGGACUUGAGGCGAAUUACAAUGCCAUGGUAACUGAUCUUCUUGGACCUAGCUUGGAAGAUUUGUUUAACUACCACAGCAGGAAACUCUCGUUAAAAACAGUGUUGAUGCUUGCUGAUCAAUUGGUGUAUAUCAUCGACUUUGGUCUUGCAAAGAAGUAUAGGGAUCUUCAGACUCAUAAGCACAUCCCGUACAGAUAAAACAAGAACCUGACGGGCACAACUCGAUAUGCAAGUGUGAAUACUCACCUUGGAAUCGGUGCUAGCCUCAGUAAAUCAUAUAUAUUGAUGCAAGUUUACUUUUGCUACUUUUAUUAACAUAUGUUCUUCUAUUUUACUAGCAGAGAAAAGCCGGAGAGAUGAUAUGGAACCCAUUGGUUAUGUACUCUUGUAUUUCCUGAGAGGAAGGUGGAGUAUAUUUUCAUUCAAUUUUUUAUGCAUUUCCGGAUGAUGUUUGAAUGUUACUUGUUAAUGCAUAUUCAUUCUUCUUACUUUUCU